UUCAGCGAAGGUAGCUGCGGAAAAGACUGAGACCCGGGCCGUUGGUGGACAGCGUAGGCCUCCCUAGGCCGCCAUGAACCGGCUCCAGGAUGACUACGAUCCCUACGCGGUGGAAGAGCCGAGUGACGAGGAGCCGGCUCUGAGCAGUUCUGAAGAUGAAGUCGACGUGCUAUUACAUGGAACUCCUGACCAAAAACGAAAACUCCUCAGGGAAUGUCUUACUGGGGAAAGUGAGUCAUCUAGUGAAGACGAGUUUGAGAAAGAAAUGGAAGCCGAGUUAAACUCCACCAUGAAAACAAUGGAGGAUCAGUUAUCCUCUAUGGGGACAGGGUCUUCCUCGGGAGUUGGGCUUGUUGGAGGAGUCACAGCAAAGUACUAUGAUGACAUUUAUUUUGAUUCCGAUUCUGAGGAUGAAGACAAAGGCAGUGAGUAACCUUUUUCUUAGUAG